GUGAAAUCCUUUUUUAAAAGAUAACAAUUAACUUGGUCAUUUGACCUUAUGAUCCCAUAAUCAAUCGUCUGUUGAUGAAGGUCAGUGAAUUAACCUUAUUUUCAGGAAGAUUUACUUUCAUAAAUGCAGAAUGGCCGGGCUCUGCGCAUGACAGUUUUGUUUUUCGAGCGUCUUCGCUACAGGACUUUCUGGAGGAAAAUAUUCAUACACUUGAAGAUGGUGUUCUACUUGCUGACAGCGGAUAUGCUUGUUCGCGUUACAUGUUGACGCCGUACAGAGUCUCUGAUACACCGGUGAAAACCAGAUUCAACAGAGCCCACUGCCGUUCGAGGGUUGUUAUAGAAAGAACAUUUGGUAGAUGGAAGAGAAGAUUCUCCGUCAUGUGCAAGAAGGUAAGGAAGACACCCGCUCAAGCAUGUAGAGAGAUUGUCGCUUGCGCAGUAUUGCAUAACAUUGCCAUGUUGUUUGGUGAACCUGACGUUGAUGACGGCGAUGUGGAUGAACUUCCACUUAUACCCUAUGUUGGUGGUGAAAAUGGAUUUGCCAUCCGUGACCAUAUUGCGCAGGCCUAUUUUGGAUAG